AACUGGAGGAUCCACAACAACUGGUGGAACAACUACAACUGGUGGAUCAACUACAACAGGUGCAUCAACAACUACUGGUGGAUCAACAACAACUGGUGCAUCAACUACAACUGGUGGAUCCACAACAACUGGUGGAUCAACCACAACUGGAGGAUCAACUACAACUGGAGGUUCAACAACAACUGGUGCAUCCACAACAACUGGUGGCUCAACAACAACUGGGGGGUCCACAACAACUGGAGGUUCAACAACAACUGGUGGAUCAAGUACAACUGGAGGUUCAACAACGACUGGUGGAUCAACUACGACUGGAGGUUCAACUACAACUGGUGGAUCAACUACAACUGGAGGUUCAACAACAACUGGUGGCUCAACAACAACUGGUGGAUCAACAACAAUUGGAGAUGCGACAACAACUACUACUAAUAUACCUGUUACAACUGAAGCUCCCCAACCAGUUGUGGUUCUUGAAGCAACCUUGGGAGAACCAUUUGUAGAAGCACUCAAUGAUCGAAACAGCACUGAAUUUCAGGCUCUUGAGACAAGAGUUGUAACACUUUGUGAUAGCAUCUACAGGGAACGAUUUGGCCUUCUUUUCAUCCGCACUUUUAUCAUUCAGUUUAGACCAGCUGUAGUCAGAACACGAAUGGGAAAUACUGAAGCAGAGGUGGGGCUUGAGUUCAACCAAACUGAUACAACUGCAGAAAUCCCACAGGCUACUGCUGUUGCAGAGACAUUAGUAGAAGCUGUGACUAACCCCAACAACACCUUUAAUCUCACUGUCGAAGCCAACUCCAUCCAAGUAGUGGAAAGGAACAAUUCAACAACAGCAAUGCCCACUGUGAAUACUACAGCUACAAUUGCUGCAACUACAACCACCAUUGCUGGUGCAUCAACUACAACUGGUGGAUCAACAACAAUUGGAAAUACGACAACUACUACUAAUAUUACUAUUACAACUCCAGCUACAAUUGCUGCAACUACAACCACAGCAACCCCUACAAACACCACGUCAGUACCAGCAACGACUACAACUGCUGAGGCAGUCACAACAAGGCAGUUGACUUUCAGAUCUGUUGGAGAGACAUUUACAAGUGACUUGCAGGAUACAUCAUCUGCAGCAUUUACAAGUCGAGCCUCACUGAUCAAGUCAACACUUGAGCCUUUCUACCAACAAGAAUUUCCUUCAUUCCGCUCUUUGAAUGUGGUUUCAUUCAGUAAUGGAUCAAUCAUCAACAACAUGGACAUUGGCUUUGCAUCUACAUCUGUCCCUAAUAACACUCAGAUUGCAAAUGUAUUGGUUAAUGCAGCUUCAAAUAUCACAACCUUCAACGUUGACACCGCUUCCAUUUCUGUGGAUGGCACACAAGUGUCAAGUGGAGUCAGCCACAAGAGUCUCAGUCUCAUCACUGCGUCCUGCCUGGUGCUGAUGUCAUGGCUGCUAUCAAGCCAGCAAUAGUGUCCGCGCUGAUGUCCAUGUGAAAUCUCAUUAGAAAAUGACUGCUAUCACUGGUAUGAAAAAGGACAUUGUUCUCAUCAAAUAUCCAAGAGGAGGAUCAAAAAUGUUAUAUGGCAUGGAAAGAGAAAGAACCAGAUAUCGCAUUCAAAGUGUGGACGACCACACACCUUAAUAACAAAGGUUGAUCACAAUGGCACACUGAUUCAACCAGCAUGGUCCUUUGUUAGAAUUUUUCCUUAUUUCUCUGUUUAAUGUCCAAGGAAGAUCAUCCACGAAGGAGACAACUUUAGGCACCUGAUCUACUGAAAUGAAAGCAUUAUCACUGCAAAUUUAUGGUUUAAAAAUUUGAGUAAUGACAAAUGAAACCUUGACACACCACAACAUUUUUCCCUAAGUACAAAUACAAUUUGAACGUGUUGCGCAAUAAUAAUAUAAUUUAGAAACACUAUCAUUGAAAUAGAACAUACAGGUAGUCAUUUGAACAUUACCCAAAUUAUUUAUAUCUAAUUAUGUUUUACUGCAUAUAGGAACUGCCCAGUUAGUGAAGUUGACAGAGAAAAAAAUUCAGUAAGCAAAACAUUCAGCCAAUAAUUGCUCCUCCCCCCAAAACUGACCCAAGAUUUAUGUUGAAUGUCAUGGCCCUCGAGAAACAUACAACGUCUGAACAAUGUCUUGUACGAUAAUCCAGUCACUUUCUUAUUUAUAUGUAUUUAUAUUAUCAUGCAUAUGUGUAUUCUGUGAGUUUGCCGGUAUUUUUAUACCUUUAGAAAGAAAUACUAAGUCUUCAAGAUGAUCAGGAUACAAAAAAAAUAAAAUGUCUCAAUUUAAAGUGGAUAUAAAAACAUGUAUCACUGUAUAAUGAAGAGGCUUCCAUUAAAGGCACUGAUGAUCUA